AUGAGAGUUCCUCAAGUCACUUCUCUCAUCGCUCUCAUAUUUACGCCACUCUGUGCUUCUCACUUUAUCAUCUUGACACCACCACCUCUCGGGAACAACAUCAACAAUGAGGACCAAUCGCCCUGUGGCGGUUUCAGUCCCUCGAGCUCCGACAACAUCACGGAUUUCCAUGUCGAAGGAGACGCCAUUGGUCUCACAUCCCUUCAUGCACAAUCGUAUUUCGCCUACCGAGGGCUGCUGGGCACAUCCCUAUCGGCACCAAACUGGACUGUCCUGAUCCCGACUGUGGAAGAGUUUGGGUUGAACAGUUUCUGCCAGCCUGCCUUAUCAGUACCGACUUCGUGGGCAGGAUCGCCCGGGCUGCUCCAAGUAAUCCAAGAUGCCGAAGACGGCGUACAUUACCAGCACCUCUGCGUCACCGACGCCGUUGACUCAACCUUCUUCUUCCCCAACCCAGGCAACGUCGCCAUCCACGUCCUCGGCCCCAGCCUCAUCCUCAGCCUCGGCGUCCGCUGCUUCUCCGACAAUGAGAUUUAG